AUCCGUGGUUUCAAUGUGACCUGCGCCGCCAUAGUGAAUGUAAAGGACUGCACGCCAGCUCUCAAGUGCACUUAAUAUAACACAAAGCAAGUGGAUGAGGAUUGUCAGACACUGAACAAAAGUCACGUUCAACAGCCGUCACCUUCAAAGGGCAUCAGUUCGUAAUGGCAGAUAACAUCCAGGAGAAACUGAAGGAGUACCGCACAGCGCCGUUUGAUGCGCGCUUCCCCAACCAGAACCAAACCAGAAACUGCUGGCAGAAUUACUUGGAUUAUCAUCGAUGCCAUAAAGCCCUGGAUGCCAAAGGUGUAGACACAGCCCCAUGUGACUGGUACAAGAGGGUCUACAAGUCUCUCUGUCCUAAUUCCUGGAUUGAGAAGUGGGACAAUCAGCGGGAUGAUGGAACGUUCCCUGGCAAAAUCUGAAGAUCUCCAAAGUACCUGCAUCAGGGGAACCCAAACCCGUCCGUCUGUGGCAUCGUCUCACCUGCAGCUGAGCAGGGCCGCAUUACUGUCUGUUCAAAUAAAUGCACCUGACCAGCUGAAUGAUGAGAGAGAGAUUAAUACUGUCAUUCCUUAUUUAAAUUAAUGUACUGCAGAUUCUGCAUUAAACUCAGGUGUUGCUAUGUGAA